AUGGCCGACCACAGCUCUCCAGAUUACAAAGAUCUUUAUCUUAAGGCAAAAGAGCGCGAGAAGCAGGCAAAAGAGUGCGAGAAGCAGGCAGAUGAGCGCGAGAAGCAGGCAGAUGAGCGCACCCGAAAGACCACUCUUACUGAGCUCAUUCAGCACUGCCAUGUCCUUCUCUCCCGAUGGAUGAAAGUUGGUUCACCAUCCAACUCAACAACUGGAAAAAUACCUCUUCCCAAAGGAAAAUACUGCCCCACUCGAUUGGAACAUUGGACCGACUGUCCAAAACAGCUCUCAGAGGUCUAUAAGUCCGUCUACCAAUAUCUUCACCCGGAGCGAGGACAGGAGUUACGUCUAUUUUCGUCCAUGGCUGAAUUAGAAUGGUUUGGCCGUCAUUUUGCUAGUGACCCACUAAGCAGCGAGAGACAACUUGAGACCUACGAGCGAUUUGGCGUUCAAUUCCAGGUCCACAAAAUUAUAUCUGAGCUUUGCAAACUGCCAGCUGCUCGUGAGGAGUUCGGGCUCGGAGAUGGAAUCCACUUCGGCAAUCAUAAGAAUUCCCUGAGCGAGAAUGAACCUAUGGAAGAUGAGGCAAACGAACUACCUAGCAUACGUCAACCACGAGCUGACCAGUUCUGCAUAAAUCGUAUCGAUGGUACCUCGACCACCAUUCUAGCGACUGUCGAGUAUAAGCCGCCUGAUAAGCUGCCUAGUGCAACUUUUCGAAUGGGACUUCGACCAAUGGAUCUUUGGAAAGAUGUAGUUCAAUCCAAUAAAAUACCUACCGACCAGGAAGAGAAGCUGAAGUAUAGUGCAACGCGACUUGUCUGCUCUGCCAUUGUUCAAGAAUACCAUUUGAUGAUCCAGGAAGGACUCGAAUAUUCAUAUCUAACAAAUGGGCUUACACGCGUUCUCCUCCGUGUUCCGCGUGACCAGCCUAGCACGCUCUACUACUUUUUCUGUGAUCCUGACAGCGAAAUAACCCCAGAAGGUAGACUUACUUCUCAGCUAUGGAAGUCCUCCGUUGCGAGGGUAUUAUGCCUUUGUUUACUGGCAUUCCGUUCGCCUAUCCGGGGGCAAGAAUGGAGAAACCGAGUGCACUUGGAUCUUCACACAUGGCACACAAGCUUUGAUCACACACACUCACAAAUCCCAGGAAAGGAGUUGCAGCAGCUUCACCACUCCGGUAGCACCAACCCCGAAUCUUCGAGUCCAGAUUCUGGUUCAUCCUUUGUACUACCAUCUUCAUCUCCGCCACCAUCUCCCUCAGAGGGCCGUCGGGUGCCUACACGAUCUCAAACGAGCUGUGCGCCUUCGGAGAUUCGAUCGCGGUCGCAGUCACCUAGCUCAUCCGGCUCCGACACGAACCAAGCAGCUAGCCAUAAGCGGAGGAUCAGUCAGGUCACGUCUUCGCCGUCCGCUCAGCAAUCAGGUCGCCAGCAAAAGGCAGGGCAUGACCAAGAUGACCAUUCCCAGCGCCGCGCCGCGCAAUUCUGCACGCAACGAUGUUUACUCGGUUUACAAACCCGGAAUGCUCUAGAUGCGUUAUGUCCAAACGUGGAUCGUCAUUGCCUAGGCCAGACCGACCCGACUCAGCAUCCGAUAUCGGUCGAGGAAUUGAUACUUUCAUUGAAAACCCAGCUAGACGAAGACAUAGAUCGUUGUAUACCCCUCGGCGGUUGCGGCUCAUACGGCGCUCCAUUCAAACUUACCUGCAUGAAACAUGGUUACACAGUUCUCGGGAAAGGCACCACUUCGGGGUUGUGGAAAGAAGUUUCCCGCGAAGCGCAGGUGUAUCGAGUGCUACGUAGGGCCCAGGGAUCUGCUGUGCCUAUUUUCUUAGGUACGAUUGACUUGGCAAAAAUCUAUUUUCUUCAUGGCGCUGGACAAAUCCGCCACAUGCUCAUCAUGGGUUGGGGGGGUGAGUGCACUGCGAAAAUGGAGCUAACGCAACGGCUUCGCCGCGAGAUCCACAAAUCGAACAAGGAAAUAAAAGCUCUCGGGAUAAUACAUGAAGACCCUAGUCAAGACAAUGUCCUUUGGUGUGAAGAGCUCGGGCGUGCUCUAAUUAUCGAUUUUCAUCGUUCGACUCUGAGAUGCCGACCGGCUAAGCAGCGAUCGGGGGAUGCAAAACGACGACUACGACGAGUGCAGGAAGGAGAUGGAAAACGUCUUCGGGCUUCGUGA